AGUGCUUCUAGGGCUGCGGUGACGGCGGCGAUGGGAUCGGUGGGCGUAGGGAUGGUGGACUGUCACUGCCAUCUCUCCGCCCCGGACUUUGACCGCGAUCUGGAUGAUGUGUUGGAGAAAGCUAAGAAGGCCAAUGUUAUAGCCCUUGUGGCAGUUGCUGAACAUUCAGGAGAAUUUGAAAAGAUUAUGCAACUUUCAGAAAGGUAUAAUGGGACUGUCUUCCCAUGCUUGGGUGUUCACCCAGUUCAAGGACUUUUACCAGAAGACCAAAGAAGUGUCACAUUAAAGGAUUUGGAUGUAGCUUUGCCCAUUAUCGAGAAUUAUAAAGACCGGUUGUUGGCAAUUGGAGAGGUUGGACUAGAUUUCUCCCCCAGAUUUGCUGGCACUGAUGAACAGAAGGAAGAGCAAAGACAAGUCCUAAUCAGACAGGCCCAAUUAGCCAAAAGACUAAAUUUGCCUUUAAAUGUUCACUCACGCUCAGCUGGAAGACCUACGAUCAGCCUCUUACUUGAGCAAGGUGCUGACAAGGUACUGCUACAUGCAUUUGACGGUCGGCCAUCUGUAGCCAUGGAAGGAGUAAGAGCUGGGUACUUCUUCUCAGUUCCCCCUUCUGUCAUAAGAAGUGGACAGAAGCAGAAACUUGUGAAACAGUUGCCUUUAACUUCAAUAUGCUUAGAAACAGAUUCACCUGCACUAGGACCAGAAAAGCAGGUACGGAAUGAGCCCCGGAACAUUUCCAUUUCAGCAGAAUAUAUCGCCCAGGUGAAAGGGAUCUCAGUGGAGGAAGUUAUAGAGGUGACCACACAGAAUGCAUUGAAACUGUUUCCCAAGCUUCGACACCUGCUCCAGAAAUAGCUUCAAAGCCAUCUAUUGCAAAACCAAAUCAACUGCAAGAGGCAGCAUUUGAGAAAAAGAAGUUCUGAUUAAGAAUCUGAACUAAAGAAGCCAUUUUAUAGAAGUGUAGAUUAUAAGUUUAGGGAAAUACUUCUCCUAGAAAUAAAAUUGGGCUUGGAUCCUGAAACUCUGGCUUCUGAUUCUAGCCUUGCACUGCUUUUCAGUUAGGUAAGUCCUGCAGGAGAUUGGGAAAACACUGCUGCUUCUUACCUUGCCCAUUAAAUAGAAUCACCAUUGGAAAUGAAACCAUUGCUUCUGGGAAAGGCAGUUCCUGAAGGCAAGACACAAGCACUGUUGGGUGAGGAUGGAGUAGGCUAAAGUUUGAUCCUUCACCACCUGUGUUACUUCCCAUAGGAUUUAACCAGUGAGGAGAGUGUCUAGUUGCUUAUGCUUAUACUAUCAGAAAUAUUCUCUUUUCUGUUUAUAAAAUUGAGCUUUUAGUACUUUGAAUUUUUUCUCUUUAAGGGGAAAAUGUACAAAAUUUUCACACUGAUCUUAGAUUUUGACUUGAGGCCAGUUGUCUGUGCAAUCACUAUUAAAUACCAAGCCCAAAAGUUUAGUUAAUAAACUAAUUUUAAGUUCCAGUAUGAAUCUUGUCACAUGUUUGAAAUGUAAAUGGCUUCAUUAAAAAUGUUUGUGACUUUUUUGUA